GUGCUCUGCCAGCUUGGUUCCCCCGGCGGGAAGGUGUGUCCGGCGUGGGGGAAGCAUGGCUGCGGUGCCCCCCGAUACGUGGCAGCCGCCCACUGUUUCUUUGGAGACUACGUGAGUGAGGGAAGGGCCCGGCCCAGUGGUAAAGUAACGUCGCCCGGUAGGGCUGGGGAAGAGUCUGGGACCCCGGAAGGCCAGUUAGCACAGAUGACGCUGAGUCGGAGGGACCAAUGGUCUGACCCGGCACGAGGCAAGGCUGGUGUUUACAUCAGCUGUCAAAAAGCUCAUUUGCCUUCAGUUGAUUUUUUUCCCCGGCCCGCCACUGAGAACUGAUUUCCACAUUGGCUAAUUAUAUACUAGCUACCAAAUUAUGUUUAAUUUCUGCUUUCUCUCUCUCCAGAAACCUGUGUGUGUUUCAACAAAGGGAAAAUCAAUUACAAAUAUGUAUUUAAAAAGGGAUGGCGGCAAAGCUGGGUGAACAGCCAGUUCUUGUGCUUGGAGAGAUACAGAAACAUAUUGUUAUGCUUCUUAUUCCCCGCAUAUGUACAAAUCUCAUCAUCUCUGAUCACUGGCCAGGCAGCCAUGGGGCCGAUAGGAGUUGGAAUCCAGUGUCUGGAGACUUAUAGGCUCCCUAUUCCUCCUUUUUAUGCUCCUCUGCCUUUAGUAUCUUUAUGAUGGGCAGAAGCUCAACAUAUGCAGAUUUGCCUAUUAUGAAGAUGCAGUAAUAUAAUAUGUUGUGAAACACACAAGGAUGGAGGUGAGAUGGGAUAGGUAGGAUGUCAGUUCACACAGAGGAGGAGGAACAGGACUACAUGGAUUGUUUCUGCCAGAGGGCCCUACUGUCCCUAUCAAAAGUGCAGUUCCUGUGUCAUCUAGGGUGUGGCUGGUGGAUACCAAUAGUGGCAGCUGACCUGUAUUUUUUUCCCCUGAAUAGGGUGAUCUUAGUGCCCUCCUUGAUAUCAUUUCAGUACUAUGCAAAGACCUCCCACUUUCACAGUUUUUAAAAAAUCUAAGCUGUUUAUCUUCAUCAGGUUUUAAAGCUGCUAUUCUUAAUGUUUUGCAUCUUGAUUUGAAAACAAACCUGAUAAAAUUGAUAGAUUGUAAUAUGAAGUGGUUUUUCACCUCGAUGUCACGGAAUCAAUGUGAUGUAACAAAUGUGUUUGGAAUCCUCCUCUGCCUGUGUUUUGCAGAAUGGGCGUCAUUGUUGUGGAGCUAUACUGGAAACAUGCACCAAAAACUUGUAAAAAUUUUGCUGAACUGGCCAGACGAGGUUACUACAAUGGCACAAAGUUUCAUCGGAUAAUCAAGGACUUCAUGAUUCAAGGGGGUGAUCCAACAGGAACUGGUAAGAAUAUAUUCAAAGUACCUGCUUCAGAUACUGUGUUAAUCAGUGCUGAUGCAAACUAAUGUGAAUAGUAAAGGUGAUGUUAGGAUAGUAGAUCUUGCAAUCAUCAUCAUCAUCAUCCCCCCAAAUCCUGCAUAGUGCUCUUGUUAUGUUCUGCAAGAAUGGGAGAACACAUUUAUCACACUUGGUGAGGCCAAAUGACCCCCUGCUGUAAGAUUACAUAAAGAUUUCUGACUUAACCGAUGGCUACUCUCCCUUUACUCAGAAGCAUUAUGAUGAUAUCCACUGAUAGUCAGCACUUCCUCUCUUACCAGUAAAAUAAAAGGAGAUCUUGGUGGUCUGGUACUGCACAUUCACAAGGAACUUUCAGUAUACCUUUGUCCCAACUGUGACUUUGCAAAUUGAUUUACCUAGUCUUGUUCUGUGACAGGAAGAGGAGGAGCAUCCAUUUAUGGCAAGCAAUUCGAAGAUGAACUCCAUCCAGAACUAAAGUUUACAGGUAGGUAAUCUUUUGAGAGGUGCUUCGAGUUCUUCAGGCCAAGUCUGUCACCACCUGAAUAUGGCAGUUUCCAAGCUUACAGAUGUAAAGUUGCUUUCUGUGCAAGAGCUUCAGGGUCAUGGUGGUUGGCAGAAUGAAUCAUAGAAUCAUAGAGUUGGAAGAGACCACAAGGGCCAUCGAGUCCAACCCCCUAUUCUCUAGCCCCCUUCCUACACUCCCAUAAUCUGCUCUGGAAGAUUGGGGGAGUGCAGGAGACUUGAGUGGGGAGGAGAGGAAUAGAGAGUGCUCUUGUGCAAGCAGAAAUCUACUUGCAGUGUUAGAUAUUGCCCUCUGGAGCCAUAAGCCUGGCUUGAAUCUUAAGUCAGUAAAACUUGGCAUCUAAAUUUGUUAACUGCUUAUGCUAUAUAAUCAUGUAUCAUUAGGUUUCCACUUUGCAUAUGAAAAAUCAUUUUUCAAAAAAAAUCAUUUAGUUAUUGGUUAGUUUGCAGGAGCAGGAAGGAGAUUAAACUGUCCUCAUCACAGAGUAUAGCUUACAUUCUUUUCCCAUAUUGUUGUUGUAAGAAAUGGGCUUCUAUGUUCAAGUUUAUACACCUUACACACACACCACAUACAUUUCCUAGCAGCCUUAGUUUAGAAGUGAAAACUUCAUCCAAAUGGAUUUUCCAAAGAAAGUGAAUAGGUGGACAGUGGUGUGUAUGUUGGGGCAGGGGAGACAGGAACCAUCUGAGCCAGCUGGGAUGCAUGAACAGUCUUGCAUUCACUAUAGAGAAGUUCCAUUGAUCUCAUAGAGUAGAGGUGGCUAACCUAUGGCACUCCAGAUGUUGUUGGAUCAUCUUCCAUUAGUCCUAGCCAGCAUGGCCAGUGCUCAGGCAUGCUAGAAGUUGCAGUACAGCAAUACCUGGAGGUUUGGAGGUAAGGCACCUCUGUCACAAAGUCCUGAUCACUUCUAAGGACUGGUGUAGCAUUUAAAAAACCAAGGUUUUCCCUUUUACUUUGUCUGUAUUUAGGUACCUUUAGACUCCCAAGCCAAUUUUAACAUAAGAUUUUCUUCUCUAGGUGCAGGAAUUCUUGCUAUGGCAAAUGCAGGCCCUGACACCAACGGAAGCCAAUUCUUUAUCACGUUAGCACCAACUCAAUGGCUUGAUGGGAAGCACACUAUAUUUGGACGUAUUUGCCAAGGAAUUGGCAUAGUCAACAGAGUGGGCAUGGUGGAAACCAAUGCACAAGAUCGUCCAGUAGAUGAUGUCAAGCUCUUGAAGGUUUUCCCAUCAGGCUAAACAAGAUUUGAGAAUUUUGUGUUGAAUCUAAUGGUGUUCCAUUGUGUUUGGUCUCUUAAGAUGAUAAUUGUUUUGUUCUGAAAGAUACUUGCUAGUUUUUUAGGUGCAGGAUACUCCUGUAUUAAAAUGUGUCUUCUAAAAUUACCGUUAACAUUUCUUUAAAAAUGUGAAGCUAAAUUUAUCAAGAAAUGAUUUGACAGGGCCUGUACCACCAAAUUACAGUGCUGUUGCUUUCUAAGCUUUAUUCUGUCUUUCUCCACCCCCCCCCCACGUCCACUUGGAGUGCAGCAAGCCAUCUGUAUUGUAAACAAACCACCUUAAAUGCACCAGAAAUAAGACAAUAUCUAGUAUUUUGUAAGUCAUCAGAAUUGCAUAUUGGGUCAUGGGUGUCUGUGUGGGUCUCAAGGCAGCGCUGCCAUAUACUUCCAAGUAUACCUUUUACAAGUUGCAUAAUUGAAAAUCUGUACCUAAACAAAUAACCCCCCUCAUCCGCAUGACUAUUAAAGUAUAAGCACUCUAAUCUUGAAAAGCCACCUUUUCCUGUUAUAGUGUUUGAACUUCAUUAACUACAAAUCCCAAAAUUUGGGAUCCCCUCCAAACCGGUGCCAAAGUUUUGCAGUCAUGUUGCAUCACAAACCCCGUUUGUGGAAGCGCCUCCCAAACUGAGUAAUUGAUACAUCACACUGGGGUUCCUUGCAAAACAACUGCACCAGUUUGGAGGGAACCCAACACUUCAGGGUUAGUGUUUGUUCUCAAGAUAAUACUGAGGGCAGAAUCCAGCACUGCUUGUGUGGACUUUCACGGGUGUAGAUGGACUUCAGCUUUUCUUCCUGCCAUGCAACCCCAAAAUCUGCUCUUUCCAGAGCCAAAUUUGAGGGUGUAGGGAACUGCAGGGGGAGAAGAGUAAGGUGGAGUCCUGCUGUAUGAGUAGAAGUCUCUUCCAUUUGUGCACGGACAACAUUAGAUACAACCUAACCAAAUCUUUCAAUUUAUUCUGGCAAAAGGUAGCUCCAAGUAGUGCAUUUUCUAGCAUAGAUUUGCGGCAGUGAAGUUCCGACUUCAAAUCAUACUUGGCACCGUCAGUUUCCACAGGCACAAAAUUGUUUUUCCAAAGUUAUAACAGCUAUGUAGAGGGCAAUGCUAACUGAUUCUAAAGUAUUGCUCUAUAUAAUGAUGAUACUUUAGGAAACCUUACUCUCCUUUCUCAGCACCUAGCAAUUGUAUGCAGCUCCCUGAAUAUGCUCUCAAUUCCUCAAGAGCUCCACGGUUGGUGUCUUCUCUCAUUUCUGCAGAAAACUUUUAUUUAGAAGCUUCACAUAGGGAAUCUUUCGCAUGGGCCUGUUGAUUCAGGAAUUCUGUUCAGCAUGGAAGAAUCCCAGCUUGGGGGUGAGAUUGAUGGAUGUGGCUCUCCCAUAUCCAGUCAGUUGCCAGGAGAGAAAACAGAUACAUUCCCUUUACAUUCCGAAUGAAGGCGAUUUUUUUCCCCUUCAGGCUAGGAAGAUCAAAGUAAUCCAUGGAGCUCAGUUCCUCCCUGGAGCUGGAUUAGCCCAUGUCAGCACACAGUUUCUGUGGCACCCUGUUGCCUUCAAAGGCAGAAGGUUCUGGGUUACAUCUGCCUGUGUUUCUUUAAUGAGAGCUUGGGAGUAUGAUUUAGCAUUUUAUGAUCUGCACACAAAUUAACUCUGUUCAAGGGCAGCAACGUGAACUUAGGGUAGGACAAAAGGAUGCAAACAGCCCCGCCAAUAUAACUUCCAUGAUUCCAGCUGCUCUGGCAUUAUGAGUAGGGCGCAUUCCUUUGGCUGCUAGCAGCCCUUUUUCUGGAGCCCAUGGCUUCCUACUUAAUUGGCACUGUCAGAGCUGCUUUUGAACAUAACCUUGUUUUCAGGCAUUGGGUUUCUUUGGCCCAGUUCUAGGUGGCUAGAUGCAGUUGUAUGCCCUUGAUCUUGGCAUGUGAGCAAUUUUCACACAGUAGACAACAUCAAUCAACUUCAAGAGCCAGAGUCGCUAUGUGAUUGGAAUAGUAGUGUAAUGAGGCAUAUAGCUUACUUAGUUUUCUGAGAAUGGGGCAUAACAGAACACUUAACCCAUGGCUGUUGCGGCUGCUCAGGGCACAAAGAGUCGGCUAGUGAGGGGGUGGGAUUUUGUCUAUGAAAGCCCCAUAAUAUAUGCAAGAAUGCCAUGCCAAACACUAUCACGUGUUAGGCAACUGAGUUGCUGUUGUUCUGUUACAUGGCCCCUCCCAAAAUAAUUUCAUUUUUUUUUUUUUUUAGAAUUGAUAUUUAUUAAAUUUUCAAAAAGUAACAAGUAACAACAAAAAUUUCCAAAAAAGUUUG